CAGUGUAGUGGAAUGUAGUUGCCAUUAGUGGGAGUUGAGCUGAGGCUGGCUAACAGCUAGCCUGCUAUGUUGAGUUGCUGAGCUUGAGAAGCAGAGGAUAGUGAUGAAAACAUGCCCCACUUCACAGUCGUACCAGUGAAGGAUCAAGCUCAGUCCAGCUAUGACAGUUUAGAGGGGAUUAACUGGGUGGAUUACAGGGACACUGGACAGGACUACCCUGAUCAUCAAGAUACUGUCAGCUCUGAUGGACAUGGGAAUCAUAAAGAAGACAGUCCAUUUCUCAACAGUGCUGAUGCUGCCAGCAAGAAAAAUGACUUCUAUGACAGGAACUUGGCAUUGUUUGAGGAAGAGCUGGACAUCCGGCCUAAGGUUUCCUCUCUGCUCAGCCGCUUGGUCAGCUACACCAACAUCAGCCAGGGAGCCAAGGAGCAUGAGGAGGAGGAGAGUGCUGAAGCCUCACGUAGGAAGACCCCCAAGUCUCCCAACAUGGGCACUCUGAUGGGAGUCUACUUGCCGUGCCUGCAGAACAUCUUUGGUGUCAUUCUUUUCCUACGACUGACAUGGAUCGUUGGGAUGGCUGGCAUCAUGCAGUCCCUCCUGAUUGUCCUCAUGUGCUGCUCGUGUACAAUGCUCACAGCCAUAUCAAUGAGUGCCAUUGCUACUAAUGGGGUUGUCCCAGCUGGAGGGGCAUACUUCAUGAUCUCCCGCUCCCUUGGCCCUGAGUUUGGAGGAGCUGUGGGUCUGUGCUUCUACUUGGGCACCACCUUUGCUUCUGCCAUGUACAUACUGGGGGCCAUCGAAAUCUUCUUGAAAUAUCUGGUGCCCCAGGCGGCCAUCUUUCAUGCCACAGACCCCCUGGGGAGUGACAGUGCCAUGCUGAACAAUAUGCGAGUCUACGGCUCUAUCUGCCUCAGCCUGAUGGCUGUGGUGGUCUUUGUCGGAGUCAAAUAUGUCAACAAGCUGGCCUCUCUUUUCCUGGCCUGCGUCAUUAUCUCAAUUGUAUCCAUCUAUGCUGGGGCACUCAAAUCCAUGACUCAUCCCCCAGAAUUCCCGAUCUGCAUGCUGGGAAACAGGACUUUGGUGAGAGAUCGCUUCGAUGUGUGUGCUAAGACUGUGACAAAGGGCAACGUCACAGUGCCCAGUCAGCUGUGGGAAAGAUUUUGUCUGCCGGGGAACAUGAGCAGCGCUCAGUGUGAUGACUACUUCCUCCAGAACAAUGUGACGGAGAUACAGGGCAUCCCUGGACUGGGCAGUGGGAUUAUUCGGGAAAACAUGUGGGGCGACUACCAACAGAAAGGGGAGAUCUUAGAGAAAGCGGGGCUACCAUCUGGGGAUGCCCACAGUGCCAUGGAGAACUUUGGCAUGUAUGUGUCAGCAGAUAUCGCUACAUCAUUCACACUUUUGGUGGGGAUCUUCUUCCCAUCUGCCACAGGUAUCAUGGCAGGCUCCAACAGAUCUGGUGAUCUUCGUGAUGCUCAGAAGUCUAUUCCUGUGGGAACUAUCUUAGCCAUAACCACUACUUCACUUGUUUAUUUAAGUUCUGUGGUCCUGUUUGGGUCAUGUAUCGAAGGAGUAGUCCUGAGGGACAAGUUUGGGGACGCUGUUCGAAAAAACUUGGUGGUGGGAACGCUCUCCUGGCCGUCUCCAUGGGUUAUUGUCAUUGGCUCCUUCUUCUCUACAGUCGGGGCGGGCCUGCAGUCCCUCACUGGGGCUCCCCGACUUCUGCAGGCUAUUGCCAAGGACAACAUCAUUCCUUUCCUCAGGGUGUUUGGUCAUGGAAAGACCAACGGAGAGCCAACAUGGGCCCUACUACUGACUGGUCUCAUUGCUGAGCUGGGCAUCCUUAUUGCCUCACUGGAUAUGGUGGCUCCUAUCCUUUCCAUGUUCUUCUUGAUGUGCUAUCUUUUCGUGAACUUAGCCUGUGCAGUUCAGACUCUUUUACGCACACCCAACUGGAGGCCAAGGUUCAAAUAUUACCACUGGGCUCUGUCCUUCCUUGGCAUGAGUAUGUGUCUGGCUCUAAUGUUCAUCUCCUCCUGGUACUAUGCUAUAGUGGCCAUGGGCAUCGCUGGGAUGAUCUACAAGUACAUUGAGUACCAGGGCGCAGAGAAGGAGUGGGGAGACGGUAUAAGAGGACUGUCUCUUAGUGCUGCACGAUACGCCCUGUUGAGACUAGAGGUCGGACCCCCGCACACCAAGAACUGGAGACCUCAGCUGCUUGUGCUGUUGAAGCUGGACGAGGACCUCCAUGUAAAAUAUCCCCGACUGCUCACCUUUGCUUCACAGCUGAAGGCAGGAAAGGGUCUGACCAUCGUGGGCUCCAUCAUCCAGGGCAACUUCCUUGACAGCUAUGGGGAAAUGCAGGCAGCUGAGCAGGCCAUUAAGAAUAUGAUGGAGAUUGAGCGAGUCAAGGGUUUCUGCCAGGUCGUGGUGGCAUCUAAGGUGCGGGAGGGUAUUGUCCAUCUGAUUCAGUCUUGUGGCUUGGGGGGCAUGAAGCACAACACUGUGGUGAUGGGCUGGCCGUACGGCUGGAGACAGAGUGAGGACCCUCGUGCCUGGAAGACUUUUAUCAACACAGUCCGCUGCACCACAGCUGCCCACCUGGCCCUGAUGGUGCCCAAAAAUGUGUCCUUCUAUCCGAGCAACCAUGAGCGCUUCACAGAUGGCAACAUUGACGUUUGGUGGAUCGUCCAUGAUGGGGGGAUGCUAAUGCUGCUGCCUUUCCUGCUCAAACUGCAUAAAGUUUGGAGGAAAUGCCAGAUGCGCAUCUUCACUGUAGCCCAGAUGGACGACAACAGUAUCCAGAUGAAGAAAGAUCUGGCCACGUUCCUUUACCAGCUGAGAAUAGAGGCUGAGGUGGAGGUGGUGGAGAUGCAUGACAGUGACAUCUCAGCAUACACCUAUGAGCGAACCCUAAUGAUGGAGCAGAGGUCCCAGAUGUUGAGGCAAAUGAGGCUUUCCAGUGCAGAAAGACAAAGAGAGGCCCAGCUGGUGAAGGACAGACACUCUUUGGUGCGUAUGGGAAGUCUAUACUCAGAUGAAGAGGAGGAGGUGGUGGAAGCUCCUCCGGAGAAGGUUCAGAUGACAUGGACAAAGGAGAAGUGUGAGGCUGAGAGGAGGAACCGAAACAAUGCACCUGAGAACUUCAGAGAGCUCAUGAGCCUCAAACCGGACCAGUCCAAUGUGCGGCGGAUGCAUACAGCUGUGAAGCUAAAUGAGGUAAUAGUCAACAGGUCCCAUGAUGCUCGAUUAGUUCUGCUCAACAUGCCAGGACCACCUCGAAACACAGACGGAGAUGAGAAUUAUAUGGAGUUUCUGGAAGUGUUGACUGAAGGCUUGGAAAGAGUGCUGCUGGUCCGAGGCGGAGGUCGGGAGGUUAUCACCAUCUACUCAUGAUCAAUUAUUAGCUGCUUCGCAGGAGCACCUGUCUCAUCAGAAUACAUUCCACCUCUGGACAGGAGGCAGCACCUGCUCCGCUGCCAGGUCUGGGUAGACGCAUGAAUUUGACACUUGUAUUGUGAAGUAUGGAUUUUUCAGUACAAAGGAGGUUUAUUCUAUUCUUGUAGAAUAUUGAGACACACUAGUGUACAUAUCCGCCUGUAUGUUCACGACUCUCCCGUUCUUUACAAAUGAAAGCUGUUAUUUUUCUCCCUCAGAAAUCAAUAUUUGUGUGUCAAACACAAACUCUUGACAGCAUUUUCUUAUUUAUAGGUCACAAAUACCUCUUCAUGUGUGAUUAUAAACCUGUAUUUGACAAUUUGGCAGACUAUCCUGAGUACUACACAUGUUGGUAGAACACUUUUAUAGUAUGCCAGAUUUUUAUACUGAAACAGCUCUUUGAUGAUUUUGGAAGCACAUCUCUAUUUAUUUAUUUAUUUUUUCAACAUUUCCCCACUGAGGCAAAGAAAAUGUUAUUGUGGAUCUUAAACACAGUGCUCGACGUUGGUUGUGCUGUAAAGGUGGCAUGCCAGAGAUCAUAAAGCAAGUUUUUAAAGAGAGUUUUAAUUUAUGAUUUUUUGGACAGAUAUUUGUGUUACUGAACAAUGUAUAUGAAUGACUUUUGAAGUGUUACAUUUGUACUUUUUCUACAGACCUUAAAAGCUUAGCUGCCCGCAAAAAAAGGAGGCUUAAUUUAAAUGUAUAAUCCUUAAGAUUUCAAUGAAAUCAAAACCAUCUUUUAAUACUUUAUAUGGUCUACGUAUUUUCUGCAAAAACCAUUCAAUAUAUGCACACUGAAUGGCUAUUGUUAAUACCUUUCUAUAUGUUUGUGGCGGAGUCCGCCAUUCCCGCACUGGAUCAAAAUUGGCUUACUUCACACACUGACAACAUGAGUUUGUUUGGUUGUGCUGGAAACAAAUGCACCAGCUUGUAUAUUGUCGAUUUUCUGAAGAAGUAGCUGCUCAUGAAAUGUUUGCUAUAGUAUUAAACAGCACUUGCUGUUACCAUGGUAACCACAGGUGUUGCCAAAUCAGCCCAGACUGAAAUGUUAAGGAUUUCAACUUCAAGCAAUUCUGAUCUUAGCCACAUGCAACUUUCAGAUCCUGUUUUGUGUCUUUCUUUUUCUAAGAAGAUCAGUAUGAUCAGUAUGAUCAGGCCAGCAAAUAGUUCAGAGAACAAAUGUUUAUUUUUCUGUAGCCUAAACAAGCUGUUCAAGCCAAGAGAGGUUUAUGUGUUAGGGAUAAACCAUGACAAGGUGUGCAGUUACUAAAAACUAAUCACACAACGCUAAGAAUGCUCCUGAGGGCUGUACCACGAGCCAGAGCCAGAGUUUUCCAUUCUUGGGGGUGGCUCUCUUUUAACCUGGCUAGAUCGCCAUGGUAACUACAGAACUAACCUGGUCGGGACCAGUUUCGGCUUAAAAUCAGUUUAGCGCCUUUCACAGCUUCUUUGAUUGGGGUCAAUCUAUAAUCAAUGUGAGUAUGUGAGCAACACAGAUUGUCAGCUGAGGGACUUUGUUAUAAAUGCACUUUAUCCAACUUGUUGAGCCGUAAUAUUACAUAAGUGCCACCCAAUGAAGCUGUGCAAUUACAGUAGCACUUACUGUAUGCAUAGUGUCACGUUUUUGUUUUUUUUUUGUUUUUUUUUACAGGAGAACCUACAGUAUACCAGUGAGGCAGAAAAUAUGAGCAAGAAUGUUAUUUUUUUUUUUUUUUUUUCAUGUGGUUGCUCUUACUGAACUACUGAAUGUGUUUAUAGUGUUCACUGGUCUAUUUGCCCAAGCUGACUCUAAAAGAAGCCUUCCAUAAAGCAUAUUUAAUAAGGAUGAUGUUUACCUGCAUAUGAAAUGCGGUAUAAUUCCCUAAAAUCAUACCAUUAUGUUACCAUUUUGGAUUAUAUUUAUAUGAUUAGUUCUGAUUUGCUGUUUACACUGCUGGUAUAUUACAGCUAAUAGAACGCCAGUUAAAUUCAGAUUAAAUUGAUUAGUCUAUUGGUAUUUAUCACAGAUAAUAUUCCAUCCAUCCAUCCAUCCAUCCAUUUUCAUAACUGCUUAUCCUCUUGAGGGUCGCAGGGGGGUGGAGCCUAUCCCAGC